AUGGCGUCAAUACCAGCUUCACCCUCGGGGUAUGUGACACUCGUGUCAGGCGAUGGGUUCGAGUUUAUUAUCCCACGGAGCACAGCCUGCGUCUCAGGAACAAUACGACGCAUGCUUGAGCCUUCGAGUAAAUUCUCCGAGGCGAUCACCGGCCGCUGCGUGCUUGAAAAUAUCAGCGGGGUUGUCCUAGAGAAGGUGUGCGAAUACUUCUGCUACAACGAGAAGAACAAGAAUCAGACAAACGUGCCGGACAUGGAUAUUCCUCCAGAGCUGUGCUUGGAGUUGCUGAUGGCGGCAGAUUAUUUGGAUACCUGA